AUGAUUGAUGAAUUAUAUAUCAAACAAAAUUUAUUAAAAUCGAUUUCAAUAAAAUCACAGAAAAUCACUAAUUUGAUAAUUUCAGAUGAAACUUUUGAGAGUGAAUUAAAAUUUUUAAUUUCUAGACAAAGAAACUUAAACAAAAUUAUAGCAAGAAAUUGCAAUUUUGAAAAAUCAAUAUUCAAAUCAUUAAUGGAUUAUUGUAAUAAUAGUUUGAGUGUGUUGGAAUUUUACAAUUUUAGAUUUGAGCCAAUGUCUUUAGAUUUAUUAAGAAAAUGUAAAAAUUUAAAGAUUUUAAAACUUGAAUUCGUUAAAUAUAAUGGUAGUAAGGAAUUAUAUAGAUUAUUAGGUCAAAUUAAAUUCUUAAAAUUGAAAAAUCUUAGCUUAAAAUUAAUUGAUUAUGAAACGUCAUACGAUGCACAAUAUAAUUUUGGUCCUACAAUAGAAGAAUUUUAUGAGAUUUUUAAAACUAAUGGCCUUAAUUUGAAUAUCCUAAAAUUAGAAAUAAACUUUGAGAAAUAUUCAGAAGCUUUAAGUAUUAUAGGAAAAAAUUGUAAAAAUUUAAAAGAAAUAGAAGUAAUUGGAAAUUAUGAUGUUAAGGAUUUGCUGAUAUUUUUAAAUCAACCUUUAAAUCUUAAAAAAUUAAGUUUAGGUGACAUUAAUCCAAUAGAAAUAUUGUUACAAAUUCCAAAUUUAAUUGCAAUUAAAAAAUUAUCCUAUUUUUAUACAAAUUGGGUAUUCUAUACAUCUGAAAUUUUAAAUAUUUUAAACAAUUGGGAAGCUCCAUGUUUAGAAUUUAGUUAUUGGUGUGCUGAAAAUUUGUUAGAAUUACAUGAAAAAAUGUUUAUAAAUUAUUAUCAAGAAAGAAUUAAUAGAAACUUAAAUGAAGAUAAAAUAAAGAAAAUGAAUUUUAUGAUUAAGA